GGGUCAAAUUGGUAUCGCCAUUUUUAAAAUCAACGUGUUGUAACAGGAAGUAUCCUAGGGUGAACACGAUAUUGCACCGCUAUAUUUAAGAUGUUCUCAUAAACCGUUAUCUACAUUUAUUGCGUCUGUCUGCUAUGAUCAAAGGUUAUGUUUCGUGCUAUAAAUAGCUCAGUAUGCCAAUGGAAACAAGUGUCAGAAGAAAUGAUGUUUAAUGUUUAUUCCAAUUAUAUUUAGAUGAGCACCGUUUUGAAACCAAUAACAGUAAAACGGUGUCCGUAUCAUGAAUUUACAAAGCAAAUAUUUCCAAUAGAGGCUCUAUGGGAUACGGACGCCAUGAUGACAUUGUUGUCUGCAACACUGCGUUCCAAGAGGGUGAGAAGAGCAUUCCUGACAUGCCUGCUUGUCAGUGUUGUUGUGGUGGUCUUGAAUCGAACAAUACUCCACGAUUCGGAUACAUUAUCUGUUUCUGAUGUUUCGAGGUUAACCGAACUGCCUGAGAAACAAAUAUCUAAAGGAAUUUUGAUUCAUCCAAAAAUAAAGUGUAGUGAAAGAUGUUUACAAAAGACUGCUAUUUUAGUAAUAAGUAAAGCGUCAAAUACAGUGCAGCAGGAAACAGUACGACAGACGUGGGGACAUCCAAGAAUGCAAUCGAAAUACAACUUCUGUCUGUUUUUCUUGUUAGGGAAAGAAAAUAAUGUGGAUGUGAACAAAAUAAGUAGUGCGAAUGGGGACAUUUUACAGGUUAAUGUUACCGAGAACUACUACAGCCUCACUAAUAAAGUAAUGGAAGGUUUCAACUGGGUCACACAUUUCUGCUAUGAAGCACGUUUCUUUUUCAAAACUGACGAUGAUGUGUUUUUUGACUUGGAAUUUCUGAAAGAAAUCGAAAAGGACAAUACCUAUCUGUCUGAUGAUGUCCUUCUUGGUACAUGUAAACGGAGAACUCCAGUAAGCAGAGUCGUGUCCAAGUAUCAUGCCACCUACGACGAGUAUCCUUUUGAAUUUUAUCCGCCAUACUGCGGAGGUCCGGGAUAUUUCAUGACAUUGAACACUGCAAGGAAAAUAUACGGAGGAAUGUUGUACACAAAAACGUUCAAGUUAGAGGACGCGUAUUUGGGAAUGGUCAUUAACAGGUUAGGUAUACCAGUGAAACACGUCGAUAAUUUCAUUUAUGCAUUAGAUAACAUUGAUGGAUAUAUGCAAUAUUUCAAGAUCCGCUGUUCGCGAAUUACGCAUGGGUUAUCAGCCAGUAAUAUCCAACAGUUGUGGAAUCAACGAAGCUCAAUAGGUAUUGAUAACAAUGACUGUUCCUCAUGGGGAAAGUUAGGAUACAUUUUCAAAUAUUAUAGUAAUUAUAUCAUUGGGUCAAGAAAGGAUUCCUUCCAGAUAUCAAAUUAAGUCAAGAAACAAGUUCAGUCUUUUUGCUUACUUUGAAAUGAAUUAACACAAAAAUAUAGUAGUGAUAAAAACAAAAGACGAACACGAGGUUGAAAUUCGUGCACAAACCAUUGGAUUUUAUUAAGCUGGUCAGUAAUGGAAAAGCCCUCUAAAACGGUUUAAUUCUUUUAAGCUUUGUUGGAAAAGUUCAACAUGUAAUAACCAUGAACGUUGUGGUGUAUCUGGCUCGUGACUGUGGUUUGAUACACUGGAGAUAGUUUUCGACUACCUGGCAUUGAGAUAUGUGAUUGGUUCUUCAACAACAAUGUUUAAACUUCGAACUCUGAACAUCAGAUUGUUGUACUGUCUAUCUUUGAUUCCCCAGAAUAAUUCGAGCAUUUACUGUCCCAGCCAGGGGUUUGUAUUGUGACUCUUACCUAAUGAGCUACUUGAUCAACUGACAUGUGAUGUAUUUUACUGCUGGACUGUACUAUGUACAAAAAUUGCUAGAUUUGACUAUUCUUUAAAAGAGUGCUAGAAAAUCUCAGUAUCUAGCAUUUGUAUAGAGUGAUAAGCAAAUGCAAAAUAAAAUGCUAGAUUUGAAUGUUCUAAAUAUAGUACUGUAUUUUAUAUAGUAUUAGUAUAGUUUGAUUAGGAAAUACAUUAUGUUGCUGGAUUUGAGAUUACAUGUUAAAACUUUGUGUUAAUGUAUCAUGUUAACACUCAUUGAUCAAUUUCUUAAUUUGUACUUUUUAAUGAGCUUUUAAACAGAUAGCCCAAUGUUUACAUAUAUACAAAAAUGUAGACAACUGAUCGUCAAUUAAUUAUUUUGUUUUACUCAUUUCAUACCCAAAAUUACUUCAUUUGUUAAAUGUCUCAUUCACAGAUAAGCCAGAGAUCACAUAAGAUUUUACGUUUAGUUCCUAAACAGGGAUUCAUUUCUUGUGUGAUUGUCCCAUGUAUAGUGAUUUUCGAAUUAAUCUGUUUUACCAUUUUGGAUAUUUCGGUGAAAACUGUAAAGACUGUG